CUGCAGAGUGUGACGAUGGCCAACGCUUCCUACGACCAGCUGGCCCACCAGGUGGAGGCCCUCCGUAAGGAGAACUCCCACCUGAGGAGGGAGCUGGAGGACAACUCCAACCACCUGUCCAAACUGGAGACCGAGACCACCGGCAUGAAGGAGGUGUUGAAGCAGCUGCAGAGCAAACUGGAGCAGGAGGCAGGAACACUGGCCUCAUCUGGGAGGAGCGACGUGCUGGACCAACUCAAGGAGCUCCACAUGGACCUCACCAACUACUACGAACUCAAGCACCAGCCUCACAACCUGAGGCUGCUGACGGACAACCUCGGAGGGGCGGAGUUAGACGACCGCUUGGCUCUGCCUCCUACCUCCUGCUCCUCCUCCUCGGCGGUGAGCAGGACCAGGAGUCCGCUCCGGGCUCCGUCCCGCCUGAGCGCAGUGUCCGGGGGGGAGGCGACCUCCAUCAUGCUGCCGCAUCACUUCCUGGACGGGGCGCCGCCCAAAACGGCUGUGAUCAGCGGAGCAGAUGGUCGGAUGAGCGACCACCACCAGGAGGAGCUGUACAAGGAGAGGAACCUCCUGCUGGGGGAGAUCGACCGGGAGGAGAGGGAGCGCUGCUGGUACUUCAGCCAGCUGGAGGAGCUGUCACAGAGACUGGCUCACCUGCCUCGCAUUGACACGUUUUCUCUUCAGAUGGAUAUGAUCCGGCAGCAGCUGGAGUUUGAAGCCCAGCGGGUUCGAUCUGUGAUGGAGGAACGUUACGGUACCAGCGACGAGAUGGUGCAGAGGACACAGAUGCGUGUUGCUCGUCUAGAGCAGCUGGAGAAAGAGCUGCAGGAGGCCCGAGGGAGUCAAGAGACCCAGCUACAGUUAUCUGGAGCUGAGAAGCCCCCUGCUGGAGAACCAGAGAACAACGCGUCCUCAGCUGCUGCAGCAGGAACAGAAGCUUCUACAGAUGGAGGAAGCAAGGUGGAGAUGGUGUUCUGGCUGCUCUCCAUGCUCGCUAACAGAGAUAAGGAGGAGAUGUCUCGGACUCUGCUGGCUCUGUCCAGCUCUCAGGACAGCUGCAUCGCCAUGAGGAAGUCUGGCUGCGUCCCCCUGCUGGUCCAGAUCCUGCACGAAGCUCCGGGCGGCGGCGACGGCAGACCCGUGGAGACGGCCGCGGUCGGUACGGCGACGGGCUGCAGCAGAGAGGCCAAAUCCAGAGCCAGCGCUGCCCUCCACAACAUCAUCUACUCCCAGCAGGACGAGGGCCAGGCCCGCCGGGAGAUGAGGGUGCUGCACAUGCUGGAGCAGGUCCGGACCUACUGUGACAGCGGCUGGGACUGGAUCGAGACCCACGCAGGAACGCCGUCACCUGGAGGAACCAAAACCACCGACAUCCCUGAACCUGUGGACCCUCAGAUCUGUCAGGCUUUGUGCGCCAUCAUGAAGCUUUCCUUUGAAGAGGAGUACCGACGCGCCAUGAACGAAUUAGGCGGUCUGCAGGUCGUGGCUGAUCUGAUUCACCUGGACCAGGACAUGUACGGCAUGCAGAACGACCCCAUCAACAUGGCUCUGCGCCGCUAUGCAGGGAUGGCUGUGACCAACCUCACCUUCGGAGACGUCGUCAACAAGGCCACUCUGUGUUCAAAGAAGAGCUGUCUGCAGGCUCUGGUGGCCCAGCUGGCCUCUGACAGUGAGGAACUUCAUCAGGUGGUCUCCAGCAUCCUGAGGAACCUGUCCUGGAGGGCCGAUAACAGCAGCAAGAGAGUCCUCAGAGACAUCGGCUGCGUUUCUGCACUGAUGACCUGUGCCCUCCAGGCCACCAAGGAGUCUACCUUGAAGAGCCUCCUGAGUGCUCUAUGGAAUCUGUCCGCUCACAGCAUUGAAAACAAAGUAUCAAUCUGUUCAGUGGAUGGCGCUCUGGGCUUCCUGGUCAGCACGCUGACAUACCGCUGUCAAACCAACUCGCUCGCCAUCAUCGAGAGUGGAGGAGGAAUUCUUCGAAACGUGUCGAGUCUGGUCGCCACACGGGAAGACUACAGGCAAAUCCUCAGGGACCACAACUGCCUUCAGACUCUGUUGCAGCACCUGCGCUCCCACAGCCUGACCAUAGUGAGCAACGCCUGCGGGACUCUCUGGAACCUUUCUGCCCGAAGUCCGAAAGACCAGGAGCUGCUGUGGGACCUCGGGGCAGUUAGCAUGCUACGCAACCUUAUCCACUCCAAGCACAAAAUGAUAGCAAUGGGAAGUGCCGCAGCUUUAAGGAAUCUCCUCACCAAUCGACCCCUAAAAUAUAAGGAUGCUGCAGUCAUAUCCCCAGGCUCCUGCAUGCCCUCACUCUAUAUGAGGAAACAGAAGGCUCUGGAGGCAGAGCUGGACGCCAAACACCUGGCAGAGACUUUUGAUACUCUUGAGAAACAGAGCCCAAAGCACCUGACCCUCAACAAGCCGCUACGGCACAUUGAGAGUCUGGCGAAGGAUUACGCAUCUGAUUCUGGUUGUUUUGAUGAUGACGAAGCCCCAAAUGUCUCCAGUAGCCUGGACACUGGGAGCUUCUCUAUGCUGUCCAUGUAUCUUACCAACUCUAACUUCCUGCAAAACCAACCACGUAAGAGGGACACUGACCCUGAAAGGGACGUAGACAUGCCUCAGAUUGUCGAGAAGAGACUUGCUCCUGUUGACGAUGUAUCUGCCGCUGCAGAGAAGCUAGCUAAAAAGAUCACCAACACGGUAGCCAAGAUUGACAGGUUAGUCGAGGACAUAACCAUGCACACAUCCUCUGAGGAUAGUUUUAGCCUGAGCUCUGAAGAUCACUUGGCAGACUGGCCUUACGGACUAGAUGAACUCAAUGAAGCCCGGGCAAAAUCAUGCUCCCCCUGCCGUCUUUCUGAAACAAGCAGCUUGGCCCACAGGGAACGCCUCAAUAGAGCCCACGCUCUCUUACGCCUCAAAACUGCCCAUACAAGUGUAUCAACAGACAGCCUAAACAGUGGAAGCACCAGUGAUGGCUACUGCGGCAGCAAAGACCAGAUGCGACCUGCUCCAAGAGCUCAUGUGAUGCAACAAAGACCCAACCAGCUUGAUCUCAAGGUGGCUCAUCAAGAUUACUUUAAUGUAAGACCUGCUGUUCUGACGGAGACGAACCCGCAAGAUAUUCCAGAGAGAGAUUCUGUGGACAACAAAGAUGUGAGAGAUCUAGAGUUCAGCAGCACAGAUGCAGAGAAGUACCAGGAUCAACCUGUACAAACACCUGUCAGUGCGUCAACUAAACUCUCCUCUGAUGUCAGCAUGACUUCAAUUAAACUGUCUCCUUCUUAUCAACAGGUCCCACUCAUUCAGAGUGUCGCCAAAUUUGGUGUAGCAAAGACAGCCAUCAAUGUCCAGGCUGCCCAAGCAAUGAGGAGGCAAGCAUGGGUACCUACUGGGAUGACUGGGGGUAGUAUUACAAAAUUUUCUCCAAUGACAUCCACCAGAAGCCCAACUAUCGGGUCGAUGGAGACAGUCCAGAAAUACUCAGUGGAGAACACCCCGAUUUGCUUCUCCCGCUGCAGUUCACUGUCCUCCCUCUCUUCUGGCGACGGAGCGCUGGAUGGACAAAGUGAGAAUGAGCUAGAAAGUGACUCGUCAUUAGAAAUAAUUGAAGUGGAGGAUGGAGAAGUGGUGAAGAGAGCUGAAGAGGAUGAAACCUUGGAGGAUCUGAGUGACAGCCAGCUACUGAUGACUGACUCAAAAACCUCCCCCAGCAAAGAGACUGAUCCCAUUGGGAUUCCCUGUCCUGCCAAAAGGGAAAAGGUGUUCCUUAGAGGUGCUUCACCAGCCAUACUUGAAGACAGAUCUCCAUCCAGUUCAUCUGAAAACUACAUCCACGAGACACCCCUGGUAAUGAGUCGCUGUAGCUCAGUCAGUUCACUUGGCAGCUUUGAGGAUCCCUCAAUUGCCAGCUCAAUCCAAAGUGAUCCAUGCAGUGAGAUGAUUGACGGAACAAUAAGCCCUAGUGAUCUUCCCGACAGCCCAGGUCAAACCAUGCCUCCUAGUCGAAGUAAAACUCCAUGUUGUGUUGAGUCAAAUGGACCAGAAACACAGGCCACAGGUAUAGCUGGCCAAUGGGAAAGUAGCCUGCGGACAUUCAUGGAAAUUGCAGACUCCAAAGAGAGGUUUAACCUUCCUCCUGACCUGGACACUAUGAUCUACUUCACCGUUGAAAAGCCCACUGAGAACUUCUCUUGUGCAUCGAGCUUAAGUGCUCUGCCUCUUCACGAACACUACAUACAAAAAGAUGUGGAGCUGAAAUUGACCCCCCUACUACAGCAAAAUGACAAAAAUCUUCCUUUCCCUGAUCAGGAUGUUCAAGGAUUUGACCAUGGUGAGAGAUAUAGCGAGGGCAAUUCAGACGAUGACAUAGAAAUCUUAAAGGAAUGUAUCAAUUCAGCAAUGCCCUCCAAGUUCCGAAAAGUAAGACCUUCCCUGAUGACAACCAUCCCUCCUCAUAUUCUCAAUUCCCAGAUCAGAAAACCGAUACAUCUUCCAAUGUACAUGAUUCUUCCAAAUGGCAAAACCCAAAUGUGUGCUGGGAGGAGAAUUGUCAUUCCACAAAAGGACUUUCAAUUUGAUGAUUCAUCCUUCACUGAUUCUGCAGAAGGUACACCAGUCAACUUCUCAAGCACAACAUCGCUAAGUGAUGAAACACUUCAGUAUCCAGUGAAGGAGAGGGGGGCUAAGGACUGCACAGCUAAAGGUAUGAACAAACAGGAAUUGCUCGAUGAUGAGGAAAAGAGAAUAGAAGACUUGAGGAUAUUCUCACACUUCCAUAAACCCAACAGAAUUAACUACCCACCUGAGAUACAAAUGAACCGGACAACCAAACAUAUCAUUCCCACUCAGAGGGUGCUUAUGCAGAGCAAAGAGGUAGCCGAUAGAGUGGCAAAGCAAAGAAAUCGUGAUCAGUCUCCUAACCAACCAAAGAAGAGGCAAGGUCAAGGGCCAGUCAGGAAACUGGAUCUGCCCGUCAUUAAGCAAAACACAGAAAGUAAUCUUAAUGUGGGAUCACAAAAAGGUAAAACAGUCUACCGACAAACGACACAUUCUUCAGAAGACAGUAACAGCUGCUACGCUGACAAAAAUGAAGUAAUGAAACGAACAAGUAGAAAACAGAUCAGGGAAGCAAAUAGAAGUACUCUUUCCCGGAGCAUGACAAAUAUUGGCAGGAUUGAUAAUUCACAAGCAAUGCCCAGGGGAUUUCACAGGAUAAAACAGAAUCUGGUAAAGGAUGAAUCCGUGGCAUGUUAUUCACUCAGCUCCUCACUUAGUUCACUGAGUGAUGCAGAAUUUGAAGAUCAUAAAUCAAGAGCCCAGCAAAUUUGGUACAAAAACAGACACAACAAAACACUGAAUAUGAUGAAACAAACAAAGUUUAUGAACAUUCACAGCCAAUAUGACGAGCCAAGCUCCCCAAGCUCUGUCAGCAUGGAUUCAGAGGAUGACCUCCUUCAGAAAUGCAUAACAUCUGCCAUGCCCAAGCAGAGAAGGAAGCUUGCUGCAAGGAAGAAGAAAGCAGAAAAUACUCAAAAACAAAAGGCCUCUGAUGGGUGGAAUGAGGAAAUGGAUAGUGAUGACACAGCAUGGGAUAAAGAUUCCGACCUCAAUAGUGUUGAAUGGAGAGCCAUACAAGAAGGUGCUAAUUGUGUUGUCACUGGACUGCAAGCAUCCAAGUCUCAGGAGCCAUCUUCUGAAGAGACUGAAUCGGUCCUGUCAUUUAUGUCAACAUCCAGCUUUACACCUAAAGAAAGGAAGUUUGCUAAAGACAAAAAGGCAAAUAAACCUCUAGACUUUGCACAGCGCAAGCCAGUUCCAAAUUUACCGGUGGUUUUUAGAGGCAGGACAGUGAUCUAUACACCGAAAAAAGAGACGGCUCCAUCACAAAGACCUCCUCCCAGAAAAGUACCAACCAAGACAGAUGCUCCAAAGAAUCCAAACCUUGCUCAGCACAGAUCAAAGAGCCUUCACCGAUUAGGUCAACCACAGGACAUUGAACUGUCUUUGCCAAAAAGGAGCUCUACUCCACCUCCAAGGAUACCAAAAAGUUCAUCCUCUGGAUCAUCGCAAAGCUCUACACCAUCCAAACAUUCGCAGAAGAAGAUACCAUCCCCGACUCAGACAAAUAAAUCCACCCAGAAAAAGAAUGCCUCACCACCUAGUAGCCCGCCAGCUAGUAGUCCCCCUGAAAGAAAGGGCCGUUCUCCUGUUGUGAAUCAAAAUGAAAAGUCCCCACCACCUAAAACUCAAAAGUCACCUGUACGAAUCCCUUUUAUGCAAAAUGCAGUCAGGCCCAGAGCUCUGUCACCUCUGGUGACAAACCAAACAACCACCAGACAAACCAAUCAAGUUAACGGGAAAAGAGUCCCCCCCACUAAUCGAUUUGGACUGGCCAGGAUGACUUCUGUCCAUUCAAGUGGUGGUGAGUCUGAGCGCAAUGGAUUCUUGAGACAGCUGACUUUCAUUAAGGAAUCACAGACUGUGCUAAGAAGGAAUGGCUCUGCACGCAACAUGGCUGGAUCUCAGAAUGGAUCCCCCCACAGAGCAGUUCCUGGAGCUUCAGCUGUCUUCCUUUGCUCAUCACGCUGUCAGGAACUUAAGGUAGCUGUGCAAAACCCGAGAAGGGUGCAAGUAAAAAGUCCAAGGCAAACACAGCAAGCCCAGAGGCCAGACCGCGGAGUUCAAAAGCAGACCACAACCCUCUCUAGAGCGACCUCCAGUGAAAGGGACCUAUCUGCAAGACGCCCACACAGGAGAACUAGCUCUGAAAGCCCCUGCAGGGUGGCUGAGCGGAACGUGCAUGCAAGGGUGUCCGGAGCCAGGCAGCAACUAGACAAAGACAACUUUAAACGUCACGCCUCAUCUCCAAGCAUAAACAUACUGAGCCGAGUGACCAGCCGUUCCUCCCUUCGCUCGUCUUCAUCUGAUUCCAGUGGAAGAGCAAAGAGCGAAGAUGAUACAAAGAAGAAAGGGCACAGGUCUGCAUCACGGGUAAAUGACAGAGUUACAUGGAGGAGGAUCAGGGAUGAAGAUGUACCUCAGAUCUUGAAAAGCACUCUGCCAGCCAAUGCAUUACCUCUGGUGCCUUCUCCUGACGGGGAACAGCCAAAGCCACUAGCUCUUCCAGGAAAACUACCAACCAUUUUACGUGCAUCACGCAAGACAAGUGAUGCGACAGUCCAGACAGAAGAUUUUUCAAAUAACAAGACCAACUCAAGCACCUCUCCAACUGUUGAAACAACUCGGGUGAUCUCAGAGGAAGUGGCACGAUUUGUGAUUCUCAGAAAGAUUAGUGCUACCUCGGGGAGUAACCUACAAGAUGGAGAUUCAGACGCGUCACUUAAGAGUCACAGCACCGUCUCCACAGGUACGUCAGACAUCCACGUUGGUGGAGCUGUCCAUUUCCGCCAAGGAUCCCCCAGCAAGGCCGCCCGAAUCACUCCAUUUAAUUACACCCCAAGCCCCAUUUCUUGUAGCCAACAAGACACACAGAGCCAAGAAGCCACAAUCAAUGGAAAGUCGGGGGAAAAGAGUGAGUCGUAG